AGCAACUUCGUUGUGGCGUGGUAUUUGUUUGGUGUGUGGUUGUCGCCAUUGAUAAGAAAAUCUUCAAUUUUCUUGUGUUAAACACUUUGAUUACCUGAAAUAAAAAAUGAGUCGACGUAGUGCUAAUACAACGAAAGUUUUCGUUGGUCGUUUACCCGCGGCUGCGACUACUGAUGAUUUACGGCGUCUUUUUGCCCCCUAUGGUAAAAUUGUAGAGUGCGAUAUCGCCAAUAACUGCGGUUUCCUCCAUUUAGAGGAUAGAGAACUCGCAAUUAAGGCAAUACAAGAAUUGGAUAAUACUUCUUUACUUGGCGCCAGAAUAUCGGUUGAAAAGGGUAGGGUUAAACCCCCAAGAAAUCGGGGUCGUGACGGUGGGGGUCCCAUGAGAGGUGGCAGAGAUCGUGGCGGUCCUUAUUCUCGUGACGGUUAUGGAAGGGGACCACAAAGGAAUGGGGGUGGUGGAUAUAAUAGAGAUUAUCCACCAUACGAUGACAGGUAUGGAGGAAUGCCUUCAAGGGGUGGAUAUGGAUCUGAUUAUAGGGGAGGUGGUGACGGUCGCCCACCUUUUGAUGAUCGCAGAGGUUACAACAGAUCGUAUGGAGGACCCCCACCUAAUGGAUAUGGUGGUCCAGGCGGUUAUGAUGGCAACUAUGAUGAUAGAGGACCAAUGGGAGACAGGAGACCUCUUUUAGACCAACAAGGACCUAGAGGUGGAGGUGGUUAUGACAGAGGAUCUUCAAAUGAAAUGUUCAGUAGAAGAGAUGCAAAGUCUAGUGGUCCAUCGGGGGGCUAUGGAGAUCGAGGAGGAUAUGGUGGGCCUGGUGGAGGCUAUGGUAAUAACGGUGGUUAUAAUGCUCCUCCAGCUGCAGGCUAUGGACAAGUUGCUCCAGGGCCAGCAGGUGGUUAUGGAGGUGGUGGUUAUGGCGGCGGUCCCGCACCAGUUGCUGGAGGUUAUGGUGAUAAUAGAUCACCAAUGGGAGGUGGCUAUGGAGAAGCUAAGCCAGUAGCUCCUACAGGACAAGUAGGAUAUGGAGGGCCGGCGGGUGGUUUUGGUGUAGCGUCACCAGGGGGCUACGGGGCCGGAGGAGGUUCAGCAGGCUAUGGAGAUGGUUAUACAAGAUCAGGCAAUUAUGAAACCGCUUAUCCACUCCCCGCCCAAAGAAGGUAAGUUACCCAACUACCGGCGGCGGCGGUCCCCCAAGCGGUCCAGGGCGCAGAUAUUAAACGGUGACGUACGCGCAAAAAAAAUGAAAUACUAGUGUACUCCAGGCGCCCUCUUCAUUUCAUUUCGUUUCGCAAGGCUUCUUGUAACAUUGGUACAGUUGUCUUUUCCGUUUAAUAUCACUAAAUACCUACAGCGUGUUUGUGCGCCUGAAAAAUUCAAUUUCUUUCUCUUCAAACUUGGCGCAAACUACCCAUUUGGUGUGUUUUUCUUAUUAUUAUUUUCAUCGUUUUCUCCACGUACAGCGUAAUUCACAAGUAGGUAAACAAUACAUAUAACGCGUUGUCAUUCUUCUUAUUUUUAUUUUUUUCUUGUGUUAAGUGUAUAUGACUAUAAUAGAUUUUGUUCAUUUUCCUGUAGAAUUAAUGAAUAGCAACAUUUUAUCGUGUACCGACAUUUAAUCACAAUAAAGAGGUACUUUCUACAUUUGA